AUGCAAUCCACAGAAACCAUUCAAGCGGUGCAAGACUAUUAUGGAGGAUUAGCUGAGCGCGGCUCUGCGGACAAAUUUGAGGACUAUCAGACCAGCGUUGCGAAGGCGUUUGGCUAUAACCCAGAGGAUCUGAAAUCUCUUCCUGAGAAUGCGAAUCUUGGAGUCAGCUGUGGUAAUCCUUUGGCGUUGGCAAGCCUAAGAGAAGGUGAGACUGUGAUCGAUCUAGGAAGUGGCGGCGGCAUCGAUGUCAUUCUCGCUGCACGCAAAGUCGGUCCGAAGGGAAAGGCUAUCGGAGUCGACAUGACCAAAAAAAUGCUGGCUCUCGCCCACGAAAACGUCGAAAAAGCAGGCAUUACCAACGCUUCCUUUGUCGAGGGAUUCAUCACGGCUAUUCCACUCGAGGAUUCGACAGCUGACUGCAUCAUCAGCAACUGUGUCGUCAAUCUCGUGCCAAAAGAGCAGAAGAGCCUUGUCUUUCAUGAGAUGUUCCGGCUUCUGAAACCUGGAGGUCGAGUUGCGAUCAGUGACAUCCUUGCUCGGCAGGACCUGCCGCCCGAAAUCGCCAAUGAUUUGGCGCUGUAUGUUGGCUGCAUCGCUGGUGCAAGUCAGGCCCAGGAGUAUCAUGGAUAUCUGAAGGACGCCGGGUUUGGCGACAUAACGAUUGUGGACACUAAGGCAGACCUCACCGUCUACAAACAUAUGCCGCAAGAGAAGUCUGCCUGUUGUGGCAUGUCCGGCUCCGAUGUUCAAAACAAUGACAAGAUUCGAGACUAUGACUGUAAUGAAUGGGCUGGCUCCUACCAGAUAUACGCCGUCAAGCCAGCAUUGUGA